AUGGCUAUGCGCGCCUCUCGCACCCUCCUCAACGAGGUUAAGUACGCCUCGCCUCACAAGUACACCUAUGUCGAGGGCCGCACACCUUUUUGGCGAAAGUUCCGCGAGAUCUUCAGCGUGAAUCCGGGAAUCUCGUCUGGUCUUCCUGAUCCUACCAAGAACCGCAACCCGACGCCCGGAUCGCGUCCCGAGCAAGCCUCGACGACGCCCUCGCGAGCUUCCGAUGUCGCGGGAAACCUGUACUACAACCGAGACUUCCGAAGAAAGUACCCGCAACUAGAGAUGGUGACGCAACAGCAGCUCACUCAGCUUCUCCUGGCACAACCAAACGAGGACGGCACAAAGACUCUUGCUCCUCCGGGCGAAGGAGAGGCAGACGGCCACAUGACGGCCCUGACCCGACCUGCGGACCUCAACAGCCCCUCGGCCUUUACCGACGUCCUCGCGCAGGUCCACUCGCCCCAGAACGCCGCGGCAUCGGUCCACUACACGCAGAGCAACCUUCCCCCUACGCCACCGUUCAAGGGGCCCCAGCACAUCCUCAAGAAGAUGCCCGGCGCUGUGCCCCACGAUCCCAACGCUUACUACCCGGCCGAGAACUACGCCUGAGCUGUAGACUGGACGAGCAGGGAAAGGAGGCAAUGCAAAUACAAUUGUGUGGAAAUGCGUGGAGAUGAUUUGCUGUUGUACAGAUGGGAGGCAGAGGUAG